GUCUUCCUGCAGUGCUUAUUCCUGAACGGUAACGUUCAGGAUUGCUGGAGCUCACAGUGCUGAAAAAAAUGUCAAAGUACACUGAGAGUACUGAGCACAGAGGGAAGGAAAAGGUUUUACACGGGAAGGACACGGGUUUUACAUGGGAAGUGUUGUCCCUGCAUCACGGCACUUUGUGCAAGACUCAGAUAAUCAGGAUGACAAAGAAGCCAACAGACCCUUGCCAAACAAAGGAGAGCAUGGACUAGGAAAUGAGAAGUUCAAACCUGUGGUACCUUGGCCUCAUGUUGAAGGUGUGGAAGUGGACUUGGAAUCCAUUCGAAGGAAAAAUAAGGCCAAAAAUGAAUUAAAUCAGCAUGGUGGUGGUGAUAACAAUCAGCAAAACAUCAUCCAGAGGCAGUAUCUCACAUUUAAGCCUCAGACAUUUGUAUAUCGAGAUCCUGUUUUACGACCUGGAGUCCUCGGUAAUUUUGAACCCAAAGAGCCUGAGCCUCAUGGAGUUGUUGGUGGCCCUGGAGAGGAAGCGAAGCCAUAUGUUUUAGGACCAGAUUACAAAGAAUCCGUUCAAGCCAGCAUAAAAGAGUUUGGGUUUAAUAUGGUGGCAAGUGAUAUGAUCUCACUAGAUCGGAGUGUUAAUGACUUGCGUCAAGAAGAGUGCAAACACUGGCAUUAUGAUGAAAACCUGCUCACCUCCAGCGUCGUCAUUGUCUUCCAUAACGAAGGGUGGUCCACGCUGAUGAGGACGGUUCACAGCGUCAUUAAGAGAACACCAAGGAAAUACUUGGCAGAAAUUGUGCUGAUCGAUGACUUCAGCAACAAAGUUCACCUGAAGGAGAGACUGGAUGACUACAUUAAGCAGUGGAAUGGCCUUGUAAAGGUAUUUCGAAAUGAAAGGAGAGAAGGUUUAAUCCAGGCUCGAAGCAUUGGAGCCCAGAAGGCUAAGCUUGGACAGGUUUUGGUUUAUCUGGAUGCCCAUUGUGAGGUGGGAAUUAACUGGUACGCGCCACUUAUAGCUCCUAUCUCCAAGGACAGAACCACAUGCACUGUGCCGCUUAUAGAUGUCAUAGAUGGCGACACUUUUAAGAUUGUACCACAAGGGGGUGGUGACGAAGAUGGGUUUGCUAGAGGAGCGUGGGAUUGGAGUAUGCUAUGGAAGAGGGUGCCCUUGUCCAAGCGAGAGAAGGAAAAAAGAGAGACAAAAACCGAACCGUAUCGGUCCCCCGCCAUGGCUGGUGGAUUGUUUGCCAUUGAACGUGAUUUCUUUUUUGAACUGGGUCUCUAUGAUCCAGGCCUUCAGAUCUGGGGUGGUGAAAAUUUUGAAAUUUCUUACAAGAUCUGGCAGUGUGGAGGAAAACUGCUGUUUGUCCCUUGUUCUCGUGUUGGACAUAUCUACCGUCUCCAGGGCUGGCAAGGAAAUCCGCCCCCCGUGUAUGUUGGGUCUUCUCCUACACUGAAGAACUACGUCAGAGUUGUGGAAGUGUGGUGGGAUGAAUACAAAGAUUAUUUUUAUGCCAGCCGGCCAGAGACAAAAGCACUGCCCUACGGAGACAUAUCUGAGCUGAAAAAGUUCCGUGAAGAUCACAACUGCAAAAGUUUUAAGUGGUUCAUGGAAGAAAUAGCAUAUGAUAUAACAUCGUAUUAUCCCUUACCACCUAAAAACGUGGAGUGGGGAGAGAUCAGAGGCUUUGAAACAGCUUACUGCAUUGACAGCAUGGGGCACACCAACGGUGGCUUUGUAGAACUUGGACCAUGCCACAGAAUGGGAGGAAACCAGCUUUUCCGAAUCAAUGAAGCUAAUCAGCUCAUGCAGUAUGAUCAGUGCUUGACUAAAGGACCAGAUGGAUCCAAAAUUAUGAUUACACAUUGUAAUCUGAAUGAAUACAAGGACUGGCAAUACUUCAAGAAUCUGCAUAGAUUUACACACAUUCCUUCAGGGAAGUGCUUGGAUCGGUCAGAAGUCCUACACCAAGUUUUCAUUUCAGAGUGUGAUUCCAGUAAAGCAACGCAGAAAUGGGAAAUGAACAACAUUCUUAGUGUGUAGAUAAACAGAACCUACCUACUGACACGUUCAUUUGUACAGGACUGAAAAUAGCCUGAAAACUGCUGCAAUUAUUAACUGUACAGCUCCGAGCCUCCUGACUUGGAUGAAGGACAUAGAUGAACUGUGAUUAUUACAAUAACAUGAUCAUCCGCAGUUAAUGUUUACAAAACUGCUUUACCUUAAACUCUGUAGAUGUUUACAUCUUUUUGUUUUAAGACGUUGGUAACUUACUGCGCUGUUAGCUGUGUUUCAUAGGAACAUAGUUAAAGGCGUUGUUGUCUUCUUUGGGAUUACACUCAGGGGUCUGAAGGCAGUUUUUUUACACAAACUUGAAAAGGUUGGAGUAACCAGAUUUUCAUAGAACUUGGUGAUUAUCAACCUGUUGUAAAUUUUUAUUUAAUUUUACAUCUUACUAAGCACUGCCACAGGUUAUUAGCCAGGGUGGCCUUCUCUCACACUCAUGCUGCUUUUUUGGAAGGUGAAUUUCAACAUAUUUAGUGCCUCUUCCGUUUCUCUCUUUCACAAGAAAAGCAUUGGUUGGAAAUUAUACAACGGAUGUCAAUACAGGCAGGGAUCAGCUGUCCCACCCCACUACUGUGUCCCACCCCAGUUACUGUGUUGCUGAAGACGGCUGCUGUUAGCAGCUGGACUGCUUGUCAGUGGGCCACUCUGACAGGCCCCUUUGCUGCAGAUGCUCCAAAAUCUCACGUCGUGGCCAUCAGCCCACCUCUACUCUGGUGUGCACGUGGGGGAGCAGCUUGGCACCUGGUAUGGAGCAAGGAGGAGCUCAGCGGCAAGGCUAGCACCAGUGUGGUAUGUUGGGUUUGAAAGCACCCUUGCAAUUCCAGUCAAGAAUAUAUAUGCUCUAACUUGCAUACCUUACACAAAAAUAAGGAUAAUUUAAAAUAAAAAAAUAGAUUUUUAAAAAGCUGCACCAUUAUUUUAAAAAGAAAAAGAAAAAAGAAUUCCAGUGCUUCAUUUAUGUUGUUAUUUUAAAUGAGAAUCACUUAGAGGUAAAUUAAAACUUUGAAUUAGGAAAAUAAUCCAACUCAUUAACACAUCUGCUUGCUUGUUUGAAAAGACAUCUGCCCUCUAUUUUAGAGUCCAGGCUUACGUUUGAACACAGAAGUGGAAAUCUUGAAGCGUUAAUUCAUAUUAAUUUUUUCCGUAUUUUUUUUUUCAUUGGAAUCUUUUCCUGAGGGAUUACAAACACCAAAUACAACCACUUGGUGCUAGAGUGUACAGAACAGAGCGCGAAGAACUUUCUGAAACUGUUCCGAAUAGGAGUUGAUGAGAACUCCCUCAGGAGUGUAAGUACUCGGAAUGAACAGAGAGGUGGAGGAGAAAUGACUUAUCCUCACUUCCUUAUUCAAGAUUUGUGACUGUUAGAUGUCGACAUCAGUGUACUGACUUAGAGUUACGCCUAUAACAUGUCACACUAUUAAGUACGACUAAAUAUUCCCUGAAAUCUAGAAUAGCAUUGCAUGCAGCUUUCAUUGGUGUUAACGAGGGUUGUGUAUCAUAUAUGGUGAGAGUUUGAUCUUUCUAGGGCAGACUGCACUGAUAUAUUAGUUUGGGAUCUUUCCUAGUUUCUUUAAACUUCUCAUCUAUCCUUUCAGAGGUAUGAAGAAUAGAAAAUAAAGGAGGGAGAAACUGGAAAACGGAAAAUAAGGGUGUGUGUCAGUACUUGUUCCUUGUGUGUAUGAAAACUGACUCCAUUUUCGUGUGCUGGGUAGAUUAAUUUAAUCAUAUUACUAUGCAUAAGAGAAAGAGUGGUGGCACAUAAAUUGUGCGUUUUAAAUGGGUUUUUUGUGCAAUUCAUUACAAGCUGACGCUGUGUGCGAAUACGCAUCUGUAUGUGAGACCGAAACCUCACGAAACAUGAGAUCAUAAGAAGCUGUUGCUGUAAUGACUUUUUCAUACUAUAGCUUGCUUGGAAAAAUAAUAAUAAUAAUAAUUCCCAUAUUCUUGCUUUGUAAGUCGAUGAUAAUAUCACUAUGCAUUUCUACAUAUUUUAUAAAUUUGAUUUAUGCAGAUUUUGAUACACUGUAUGUUUCUGUAGAAAUUGUAUAAAUCUUUCAGAAAUUUAUUAGGGAGAAAUCUGGGAAACAUGUAUAUCUUAUGGGUUGCUUGUUUUUUAGGUGAAGUAAAUAAAAUAUUUGAAUUCUUGGGUUUACUAUA